UCCACGAAACCCACAUAAACCCUUUCAACUGAACGACCGAAGCCAUCGUUGGACAGUGAGAGUCAGAGAUCUGAUUCAAAUCUCCGACGCGACGCUAUGAGAAGGGUACCCUCCAUUCUGUUCAGAACGCUCGCCGCCCGACGCGCCACCUCCUACGUCGUCCAAAGCCGCCUUCUCCACGGCAGACCCACCACCGCCGACCACUCCCACCGUCGCCGCUUCUCCUACCUCCUCGCUCCCUUUGCCGCCGCGUCUCUCGGAUUCGCCGGCGCCCUCUUCUCCCAGGAAGUCCUCGCUAAGGAGCCUCCGCCGCCCGAGGCCCUUCCACGCGAGGUCGUUCUUUACCAGUUCGAGGCUUGCCCUUUCUGCAACAAAGUCAAAGCAUUUUUGGACUACUAUGAUAUACCUUACAAAGUUGUGGAAGUCAACCCUCUUAGCAAAAAAGAAAUCAAAUGGUCUGAAUAUCAGAAAGUGCCAAUAUUGAUGGUAGAUGGCGAGCAGCUAAAUGAUUCAUCAGCUAUAAUUGAUAAGCUGGGACUUAAGAUUCUGUCGAAGAAAAUUCCAGAGUCAACUUCUGAGGAUGAAGAGACAAAAUGGCGACGGUGGGUUGAUAACCAUUUAGUGCAUGUUCUGUCACCAAAUAUUUAUCGAAAUACCACUGAAGCACUUGAAUCCUUUGAGUAUAUUACUAGCAACGGCAAUUUCAGCUACAUAGAAAAACUUUCGGUGAAGUUUGCUGGAGCUGCAGCUAUGUAUUUUGUGUCUAAGAAUCUGAAGAAGAAAUACAACAUAACUGAUGAACGUGCUGCACUUUAUGAGGCAGCAGAAACAUGGGUAAAAGCUCUAAAUGGCCGAGAUUUCCUUGGAGGGUCUAAACCUAACUUAGCCGACCUGGCGGUUUUUGGGGUUUUAAAACCCAUACGCUAUUUGACGUCUGGCAAGGAUAUGGUGGAGCACACUCGUAUUGGUGAGUGGUAUGCAAGAAUGGAGAGUGCUGUUGGAGAACCUUCCAAGANUGGAAUUCAAUGUAGUUUGAUAGUUGGUUAAUAGGUCGUUUAUGUUAAAUUACAUGUCCAAAGGCUACUUCUAGAUUGUUUGUUUCCAUGUUUCAGCGUACAAGACGCGAUUUUAGAAACUAAUAGUUUUGGCGAAGACAUCCCAAACACGUGGAAGGAUGUGGGUUGAGUGGUAGGAGUUUGUUCCUCGGAUUUCAUGGAUUCCUCUAGAGUUGUGUCAGAAUUUUGAAUAUAAGCUUGGAGACA